AUGCCAUUGAGUUACACGAUUGAAGCUUUGAAUAGACGAGGCCUCUCGUCGACUUUGACUUGUCUGGCCCUCCUCCCUUCCAUCAUGGAUGCUGUCUUGCUCCGGCUCCAACAUCCUCCAUGCAUUUUCUCAACGACGACGUUGCACGUCACGACGCAUCUCGUCUGUGCCAGGGUUCGUCAUAUGAGACGCACACAUGUGAGUCGAGUUCUUCUCCUUCUCUCUUGGUAUCGGCUUGCAUUUGACGUUCGUAUCACGGCGCUGGUGACAUUGUUUGAAUUCGCCGUUUUUCUCGCAGCCACACGUAUAUCUGUGUACACAUCGUCGAAGCUGUGA